CCGGUUGGCACUUGUAUGGUUUUGAUGACUGAACCAUUUGCCUGUUUUGAUUGGAUGGCCGAUGAUUGUCUCCGCCUACAGUAUGCGUGUCCAUGGCAAUCUAACAUGGCUGCCCACGGAAGACAACCUGUUUUGUCGUCCACACCACUGCAGAUCCUGUUUCAUUUGAACGGCUGGUAUUUUGCUGCAUUUUUCGUUGCUGAGAUUCUAAUGUUCAUAUACAAAGGAGUAAUACUCCCUUACCCACAAGAUAAUCUGAUAUUGGAUGUUGUCCUGCUGCUCCUCUUCUUGGGCCUUGAAACCCUCAGACUCUUUUAUGGCUGGAAGGGGAACCUGUGUCAGCGUUCUCUGGCUCUGUUUAUGAGUGUUGCUAUUCUGGUGCCAUGUGCAGUGCUGAGUGUUUACUACCUACUGCUUCAGACCUUCGUUUUACGCCUUGAGUUCGUCCUCAAUGCUGUGCUCCUCUGCUUUUAUGGCUUUGAGCUGGUUCUGGGACUGAUGACAAUCUCUGUUUUCUCCAGGGCCAACAUUUAUUAAAUCCAUCUUCUGUUUCGAGGAAAACAUGAACACUCAAUAACAAGGAAAAGCAGCAGUCAUUCAAAUAGAGA